AUGGCGCAAAAAUAUUAUUUCGAAGGAUUUCAAUGGUCCACAAUCGAGCAACAUAACGACGAUGAUGAAAUUAUCAAAUUCCAAUUGAAACCAGUGAAAUCCUUUACCUCACCUCAAAUACAACUUGUACCAACCUCAUCGGAUCCAGAACAACAUCCAUUUCUUCGAGAGCCAACCAAGGUUAUUGCUGGGGAUGGUACAGUAUACUAUUACAAGGAUUUAUCCCAGGGGUUAUUACCUUUGGGCAAGAAGAAACCGUGGAUAUAUAUACAAAUUCAAUCAGCUAUCGACGCGAAAAAGCUUCGAUCCAAUAUACAAAUUUGCCAUUUGCAUAGUGUUGUUAUUGAUAAUGAUCGCGAAGUCUUGCAGCAUUGGUUUUGUGCUACAAAGGAGGACCUGCUUGCCAAAUGGGAAGACAAUGGUUCAUAUGGCUUGAUACCCGAACAAUAUACCGACUCAAACAAGCACUUGGUAGGCAUAUUGCUUUACUACAUUGAGAACAAGGGUACACUCGAAGAGAUAGCACCCUAG